AGCUACGAGUUUUCCGGUGAACUUCAAUAUCUCUCCUUUGAUUUUGGAUUUAUGGAGGCAGAUAAGGAUGAAAAUUGUUUGAUGGAUGUCAAAGAUCUAAAUUUCAUGAGGGAUACACAAUAUUGUGAUGAUGAGAUACUGGUUUCUACAAUUGAAGAGAAGGAAGAGGUACUUCAACCUCAUGAGUCGCUUGAGCCUGAGAAGAAUGUUGUUCUUGAGCUUGCUAGAGUAUUGAAGGCAACAGAGCAGGUUGUUGCUGGCAAGCUCUAUCGUCUUACUCGUGAAGUUAUUGAAGCUGGUGAGAAGAAGAUUUAUGAAGCUAAAGUUUGGGUGAAGCCAUGGAUGAACUUCAAGCAGUUUCAGGAGUUCAAGAAUGUUAUCCCCUCCUUCACUAUCUCUGACCUUGGCUUGAAAUCAGGUAAACAACUUUGAAGUGAACAUCAUCACACCGUGUCUGGUUUGGUAAUAUGAUAAUCGUAAUCUGCUUGUCAUUCUUUUGAUCAGUUAGUUAUAGUCACAGUCACCCAUGAUUUUCACCGUGUAGUUUAGUCUUUGGGAUGUAUAAGUGGAUAGAAGACAAAGAAUCAAGGACUGAAGACACC